AUGCAUUUCUCUACAGCAUUCGCUGUUGUCGCUCUCGCCGUGCUAGCACAGGCGCAAGUCCCAACAGGCUUCAAGCCUUCGGUCAACACCAAACUGGAAGUCAUCUACAACUCGACCAUGAUCAUGGAAGCAGGUCAAUUAUUUGGCAAAGCGGACGUCCAAACCCAACCGAAAAUCGCCCUCACCAGUGCCAUGGCCAAAGCUAGCGAAACAUACAUGUUCGUAAUGAUCGACCUAGACGUGCCCCCCGCCAACGGCUCCACCAAACGCCGCACACUCCUCCACUGCAUGAACACGGGCUUCAAAGCCACAAAGCAACAAAUCGGCGGCGCCGCCACCGUGCUCGCAACCACGGAGAAGGGCCCGUCGAACUACAUCCCCCCUGGUCCCCCCGCCACAGACACCGUCGCCCACCGCUAUGUCCAACUCCUGUUCGCGCAGCCAGCAAACCUCAGCGUCGCAAAGGCCGAUGUUUCGGAUAGGGUAGGCUUCGACAUUGUCGCUUUCAUGACAAAGUACAAGCUUGCGGAGCCCAUGGCCGGCAACUUUCUCACGGUCGAUGGACGCAUGAAUGUGACUGCUACCGGUGGGGCGAAGCCUACGGGGACGAAGGGUAGUCCCAAGCCUAGCGGGACACCGCCGAUGCAGUUCCAGGGUGCGGCGGCGGAGUUGGGCGUGCCGUAUGGGACGGUGGGAAGGCUGGGUGCCUUGGCGCUGGCUGUUAUGUUUAUAUUGUAA